AUGGACGUAGCUGGCCUACGAAGUCGCAUUGCCGCGACUCUCGAAUCCAACGCCGACGCCCGUCGCCAGGCCGAAAUCGAUCUCAAAUAUGCAGAAGACCAGCCCGGUUUUCCCGACGCUCUGCUGAACAUCCUCGAGGCCGAGCAGGAGGCUGGCGUGCGCCUGUCCACCGUCGUUUACCUGAAAAACCGCAUAACCAAAGGCUGGUCGCCCGCCGAAGACUACUCGCAGGCAAAGCCCAUACCCGAGGAGGAGAAGGCAAACUUCCGCAAGCGCCUUGUGCCCGUCCUCGCCACUUCCGCGCCGCCCAUCCGCGCCCAGCUUAUCCCCACGCUCCAGAAAAUCCUCGCCUUCGACUUCCCUUCCAAGUGGCCCGAAUUCCUCGACAUCACCCAGCAGCUCCUCAACGCAAAUGACGCAAACUCGGUUUUUGCCGGCAUCCAGUGCCUGCUCGCCAUUUGCCGCAUAUACCGCUUCAAGGGCAAUGAGGACAGGACGGAGUUUGACGGGAUCGUGCAGGUUACCUUCCCGCAGCUGCUGAACAUCGGCUCGAGGCUCGUCAACGAGACGAGUCUGGAGGCUGGCGAGAUGCUGCGGACUAUCCUUAAGGUCUACAAGCACGCCAUCUACUUUGAACUACCCGUUCCGCUCCGCGACCAGCAGAGCAUGGUUGGCUGGUGCACCCUUUUCCUGAAUGUGGUCGCUAAGGAAGCACCCCCGUGUGCCAUGUCCGAGGACCUUGAGGAGCGCGAAACGAAUCACUGGUGGAAGGCAAAGAAGUGGGCAUAUGCCAACUUGAACAGGUUAUUCGUGAGAUACGGUAAUCCCCAGACCCUUGGAAAGAGCAACGAGAUCGAUUAUUCGGCAGUGGCCAAGAACUUUCUCGAGAACUUUGCUCCGGAGAUCCUUAAGGGUUAUUUGCAACAGGUCGAGAAAUGGGUUGCCAAGACGGCCUGGCUGAGCAAGGCUUGUUUAUCCUACACUCUGGCCUUCCUGGACGAGUGCGUUAGGCCCAAGUCCAUGUGGAACCACCUGAAGCCUCACCUGGAGGGUCUCAUUUCGCAUCUUAUCUUCCCCGUUCUUUGCCAGUCGGACGAAGACAUCGAGUUGUUUGAGACUGAUCCUCAGGAGUACUUGCACCGUAAGCUCAACUUUUAUGAAGAGGUUUCCUCACCGGACGUUGCCGCAACAAACUUCCUUGUCACCCUCACCAAGGCUCGCAGAAAGCAAACCUUCACCGUCUUGAACUACAUCAACAACAUCGUCAGCCAGUACGAGUCGGCCCCGGAUGACCAGAAGAACCCGCGCCACAAGGAAGGCGCGCUGCGCAUGAUUGGUACUCUCGCCCCCGUCAUCCUUGGAAAGAAGAGCCCGAUCGCCGAUCAGGUCGAAUAUUUCUUCGUCCGUCACGUCUUCCCCGAGUUCAGAAGUCCCCACGGUUUCCUUCGUGCUCGCGCCUGUGACACGCUCGAAAAGUUUGAGCAGCUCGAUUUCAAGGACCAGAACAACCUUAUCGUCAUCUACCGCAACAUACUGGAAUCGAUGGCUGAUCCUGCUCUCCCGGUCCGUGUCGAGGCUGCUCUCGCUCUUCAGCCACUCAUUCGCCACGACGUCAUCCGUACUUCCAUGCAGCAGAACAUUCCUCAGGUCAUGCAGCAGCUCCUGAAGCUCGCUAACGAGGUCGAUGUCGAUGCGCUUGCCAACGUGAUGGAGGAUUUUGUCGAGGUUUUCGCGGCUGAGCUGACGCCUUUCGCUGUUGCACUGAGCGAGCAGCUGAGGGAUACAUACCUCCGCAUCGUGCGCGAACUGCUCGAGCGGAACCAGCAGAAGGAUGACGAUGACACUUUUGGAGAUUACCUGGACGACAAGAGCAUUACUGCUCUUGGUGUUCUGCAGACUAUUGGCACGCUUAUUCUGACUCUGGAAAGCACGCCGGAGCUGCUUCUGCACCUCGAGACUAUUCUCAUGCCAGUAAUCUCCAUCACGCUCGAGAACAAGCUCUAUGACUUGUACAACGAGGUCUUCGAAAUCAUCGACAGUUGCACGUUCGCGGCGAAGAGUAUCUCCACCACGAUGUGGCAGGCUUUCGAGUUGAUCCACAGGACGUUCAAGGCUGGCGCAGAACUCUACUUGGAAGAUAUGCUCCCAGCUUUGGAGAACUUUGUUACCUACGGUUACGAAGCCCUCAUUGUUCAACGCCCCUACCUCGAGGCCAUCGUUGACAUGAUUCGCACCAUUUUCAAGGACGACAAGGUCGGCGGUGUUGACCGCAUUUGCGGCUGCAAGCUCGCCGAGAUCCUGAUGCUGACGUUGCGCGGGCACAUCGACGACUUUAUUCCUGAGUUUAUCCAGCUCUCCAUGCAUGUCCUGCUCAACGAUGAUGCCAAGGUCAAAUCCUACCGCAUUCACUUGAUGGAAAUGAUCAUCAAUUGCAUCUACUACAACCCCCGUCUUUCUCUACACGUCCUGGAGAGCAACGGCUGGACCAACAAGUUCUUCAGCCUCUGGUUUUCUAACAUUGACAGCUUCACGCGGGUCCAUGACAAGAAGCUCUCUAUUGCUGCCAUCGCCGCCCUUCUGACCUUGAAUGCCCAGGAGGUUCCCGUUAGCGUGCAGGGCGGCUGGGCUCGUCUCCUCAACGGCAUUGUGCGGCUUUUCCAGACGCUUCCUGCUGCCAUGAAGAACCGGGAAGAAGCCAAGCGCGAGGAGGACUUUAGCUUCAGCCAAGAGUUCGAGGAGGAUGAAGAAGAUGAGGAGUGGGAGGGUGAAGGGGACUGGGCCAACGAGGGAGAAGAGACUGAGGAUAUCAAGGAUGAGAGCACGGCAUACCUUGAGUUCCUCAAUGAAGAAGCACAGAAGUUCAACGUCAUCAGCGAUGACGACGAUGACGAGCUCGAGGAGGAAAGCUUGCUCGAAACGCCCCUGGACAAGCUUGAGCCCUACAGCCUGUUCAAGACUGCUUUAUUGAACUUGCAGCAAGAACAGCCUCAACUGUACGAGACCUUGACUAAAGACCUCAACCCCGAGGAGCAACAAGUUGUCCAAGGUGCAGUCCACCAAGCGGAUGUGAUCGCCCAGCAGCAGGCCGAACUCGCCAAUGGUAACCCGCCGACGAUCGCUUAA